UCUGAAGACACCGUGGUGAUGCUCUUGCAGUUACACUGCAAUACGGACGUCACUAACUGUUGAACAAUCUCAUGCCGUGUUAUCGCGCUCAUAACUGUUGGAAGGCGGGCUACUGCCACUUCCUCUUCUGUGCCUAUCUGUAUGAGAAAGAGAAAGAAAGAAAGAAAGAAAGAGAGAGACAGAGAAAGCAUGUGUCUGUACGGCCACAAGUAGACAUCCUCACGUUAUCCACCACUGAUAGUGGGCUGCAGAGACUGCGACCACCCUAUGGGUACCCUAUACACGUUUCAGAUAAUGAAAUAUCCCAGCCCAAAGUGUGACUGAAAGCCUCCUGUGGUUAAUAGCUCCGUUGACACCUGUUAGAGUGAUAAAUGCUCGCCUGGGCGUCGCGAUGGCGUCUACAGGCUCCGACGGGGCGAACUCCUCCUGCGUGCUGGACGAUGACUGGAGCAAGUACAUGGACCAGCUCUACACCUGGCUCUAUCUCAUCAUCCUGGUGCCCGGGUUGCUAGGCAACAGCCUGGCACUCUGGGUCCUGUGCCGCUUCAUAAGGAAGAAGACCAAGGCGGUGAUCUUCAUGAUCAACCUGGCGGUGGCGGACCUGCUGCACGUGCUGUCCCUGCCGCUGCGCAUCUACUACUACUUCAGCCACAGCUGGCCGUUCGGCCACGCCAUGUGCAUGCUGUGCUUCUACCUCAAGUACCUCAACAUGUACGCCGGCAUCGCCUUCCUGGUGUGCAUCAGCAUCCAGCGCUGCGCCUUCCUGCGCCACCCCUUCUGCGCCAAGAGCUGGAAGCGCCGCUACGACGUGCGCAUCAGCGCCGCCGUCUGGCUGGUGGUGGGACUGUGCUGCAUGCCGUUCAUCCUCAUGCGGAGUAGCGGCGGCGGCGACAGUCCCGACCGAGACGGCCAAUCCACCGCCGGCGCCGUUGGCGUCGCCGGCUCGUCCGCCAAUGGCGUCGCCGGCGGCGGUAACCGACAAAACCACUCGGGCAACGCUGACCGACACAGCCAGUCGGGCAACACCUCCUGCUUCAAGGACCUGCCCAUGCGGCAGGUGAACCUGCAGGUGGCCGUGCCCAUGAUGGCGUUCGCCGAGCUGCUGGGCUUCGUGCUGCCCCUCGCCAUCGUGCUGACGUGCGCGUGCCUGAUCCGCCGCUCGCUGCGCCGCGCCGAGGCCCGCAACGCCGGCGUCGACGGCGGCGACGGCUGCGACAACAACCGGCGGGCGCUGCGCAUGGUGCGCGUGUGCACCGCCGUCUUCCUGGUGUGCUUCGGCCCGUACCACGUCAACUUCCUGCUGUACAUGAUGGCGUCGCAGCACCUGAUCCCGCACUGCGGCCUGCAGCUGGCCAUCCAGCGCUUCCACCCGGUCACGCUGUGCAUCGCCAGCCUCAGCUGCUGCCUCAACCCGCUGGUCUACUACUUCCUGACCACCGAGUUCCGCGCGCAGCUGGCACGCCACGGCAGCUCCGUACUGCGCGGGAGGCUCAUGAGCCUCGAGAGCAGCUCCUCCGCCGCCACGCACGGCUAGCCUCCAGUGUGUGUGUGUGUGUGUGUGUGUGUUGUGUGUGUGUGUGUGUGUGUGUUGUGUGUGUGUGUGUGUGUGUGUGUGUGUGUGUGUGUGUGUGUGUGUGUUGUGUGUGUGUGUGUGUGUGUGUGUGUGUGUGUGUGUGUGUGUGUGUGUGUGUGAGUGGGGGCUGACUUCAGUUUCCACAAGACAAGCAAACGGAACUCUCUUUGUGUGUGUGUGUGUGUGUGUGUGUGUGUGUGUGUGUGUGUGUGUGUGUGUGGGCUGACUGAUAUGACUGAAAAGCACCUUUUCUGGAAACAAAUGACUUUGUCCGUCCACACCCCAUCGCAGGGGAAUUAAUUUUGUAGACAUCUGCAGAAAUAGUGCCAGAAUAAUAACUCUUACAUGAAAAAGGAACACACACACACACACACACACACACACACACACACACACACACACACACACACACACACACACACACACACACACACACAAACAGUGAGUGACAAUGUUAAAAUAGAGACACAUUUGGGAAACCCAGAAGAACAAAAAAAGGAAGCAAAUUGGCGUGGUGUUAUUUAAUGCAAUCAUUACAAAGCAUAGGCUCUGACAGGGGGUCAAACUGUGAAUGCAAAAAGUGGAUCAGAAGCCUGCUUCCCACAAGAGGAGUGUUGAACUCUGCUUCCUAAUUGAGGAAGGACAGAUGCAAGGAACACAGCCAGUAUCUGUAAACAUGAACCCUGGGAGAACGCUCCCUCGACGUGUUGUUGCACUAAACAAACUUGCUUUAAGAUAAAUAAGCAAAGUCUACAAAAACUCCACUCCUUUUAAAGGCUGGGAUUUAAAUAUAUAUAUAUAUAUAUAUAUAUAAAUGGCGAGACAGGAAGACGAAACGUUUUAAAAAACUUUCUUGUGGUUUUCCAUUUACUGACGCCGAAAAAUAUGUUUACCAUCCAGAUUCAGCUUUUCAGCACUGCUGCUAUAGGCUAGAACUAUCUGAAAGCAAGUCAGUGGGAAGUCCGUCAGGUACUUUUAUUCAUCUCUUCUGUAGUUUCACUGCCAAAACGGGCAAAGGCAUACAGUAUUUCCAUGCAAAGCAGUUUUGUUACUUUUGUUACUACAAUUUUUGUUAGUCAUGUGGUCUUCUUUUAAAAUCUUUGUUGAUUUAUUUUUGAAAGGAUGAAACAAAUGUAAGUCUCCAUAAGCUGUAGCGCUUAAAAACUUUACAGAUCCUGGCUAUGUUUUCAUGAAGGCUCUUAUAACAAACUAUGAAAUGAAUGUAGCGUAAAUUCACCUCAAUACUUUAGUGCACACUUGAACCAUCAUCACAUCAUAUGUAGGCCUACAGUCGUGACUGACAACAGGGAUCAUGUGUGAGUAUAAAUUAUUUUGAGUUACUUCUUCUGGGCUCAAGAUAAAUGGGCAUUUUUGAAAAGUGCUUCUCUUUCCAUUUUGUUUAGGGCAGAUACACGCAUGCAGACCAUUCGUUUUCACACGCCACUGAACACACAGUCUGAUUCUUAUCCGUUUAUGGUUUAGUUUCUCUUUUCCAUCUCCCUCUGAAGAGUCUACUGCUACUGGGACUCUCUCAAGCAAUUGUCAAAAAACUUCUUAUGCCAAUGUUUUUUAGGAAGGUGACGAUAUGCUUUAUUGGCAUGACCAUUUUAAAGGAAAUUAUCUCCCUUAAGCAUAGAGCAUAUCACAUAUAUCAACAGAUGCAAGAUCUCUCUCUCUCUCUCUCUCUCUCUCUCUGUGUCUCUCUCUCAAUCUAGCUGUAGAUUGGUUGGGUGUAGUGCAUUCAGUUUUCAUCAUCAUAUCCUGUUUUAUAUUAUUUUAUUUUUUUUUUUAAAGUUCACAUUGUCUGUUAUUACUGCUAUGUCGUCACUCCUUUUUGUUGUUGUUGUAAAAUACAAGCUGUUCAAAUAAGCUGCAAAAAAGCCGGUCAGAGCAUUAAAUAUGAUGGGCUAAGUACUCCACCCCGGAUGGAGCACUCCGAUUCCACGUCCUAAUCAUUUGUGUACAUCAACUUGUGUGUUUGCAUUGAGUGGUGUUGAUGGUAACAGAGGUAUGGAGUAAAUAAAGACAAAUAUGAAAGCGUA